AUGUGCGUGUGUGCGGGCUGCCGGGCUGCCGGGAGCCGGCGGCUAGCCGGUCCACUCCAGGUGGCUGGCGGCCGGAGCGAGGGAGUGGACAUGGACUUCGACUCGUACCAGCACUAUUUCUACGACUAUGACUGCGGGGAGGAUUUCUAUCGCUCCACGGCGCCCAGCGAGGACAUCUGGAAGAAAUUCGAGCUGGUGCCGUCGCCCCCCACGUCGCCGCCCUGGGGCUCGGGUCCCGGCGCCGGGGACCCUGCCACUGGAAUUGGUCCCCCGGAGCCAUGGCCCGGAGGGGGCGCCGGGGACGAGGCGGAAUCCCGGGGCCACGCGAAAGCUUGGGGCAGGAACUACGCCUCCAUCAUCCGCCGUGACUGCAUGUGGAGCGGCUUCUCAGCCCGUGAACGGCUGGAGAGAGCCGUGAGCGACCGGCUAGCCUCCGGCGCGCCACGGGGGAACCCACCCAAGGCGCCGGCUGCCCCGGACUGCGCUCCCAGCCUCGAAGCCUGCAACCCGGCGCCCGCUGCACCCUGCCCGCUGGGUGAGCCCAAGACCCAGGCCUGCUCCGGGUCCGAGAGCCCAAGCGACUCGGAGGGGGAAGAAAUUGACGUUGUGACAGUGGAGAAGAGACAGUCCCUGGGUGUCCGGAAGCCGGUCACCAUCACAGUGAGAGCAGACCCUCUGGACCCCUGCAUGAAACACUUCCACAUCUCCAUCCAUCAGCAACAGCACAACUACGCUGCCCGUUUCCCCCCAGAAAGCUGCUCCCAAGUUGGAGCUCCUGAGAAAGAUUCCCAAGAAGAGGCUCUGGAGCAAGGUGCUCCAGAGGAAAAGGAAGAUGAGGCGGAUGAAGAGAUAGUGAGCCCCCCACCUGUAGAAAUCGAAGCUCCCCAGUCCUGCCACCCCAAACCUGUCAGUUCUGACACUGAGGAUGUUACCAAGAGGAAGAAUCACAACUUCCUGGAGCGCAAAAGGCGGAAUGACCUCCGCUCUCGGUUCUUGGCCCUCAGGGACCAGGUACCCACGCUGGCCAGCUGCUCCAAGGCCCCCAAAGUAGUGAUCCUGAGCAAGGCCUUGGAAUACUUGCAAGCCCUGGUGGGGGCCGAGAAGAGGAUGGCCACAGAGAAAAGGCAGCUUCGAUGCCGGCAGCAGCAACUACAGAAAAGAAUUGCAUACCUAAGUGGCUACUAACUGACCAAAAGCCUGACUGCUCUGUCUUACAAAGACCCAACUUUAUUUUUUCACCUUUCCUCUCCCCCUUAGUAAUUUGCACAUUUUGGUUAUGGUGGGACAGUCUGGACAGUAGAUCCCAGAAUGCAUUGCAGCCAGUGCACACACAAUAAGGGCUUUUGCAUUCUUGGAAACCCUGAAACCCAGCUCUGCCUCAUCCCUGACUCACGGGAGCGCUGUGUCUUCUCUGGCGCCUCUGGCUUCUCGGGCAGGCAGCUGACUGAGGAGCCUUGGGGGCUGCCUAGCUCACUAGCUCUGAAGAAAAGCCUGACAGAUGCUAUGCAACAGGUGGUGGACGUUGUUGUUGGGGGCUCCAGCUUGCAUGAAAUCUCACACUCCUGAUGAGCUUAGGCUGGGAAAGGAUGCUCCCCCUGGUGUCUCUGGGGUGAUGCUAGGACAGCUGGGCCUGGAUGCUCUCUCAGAGGCUCCUUUUU